UUCCGGAAGUGGUUGUUAGGCCGCUGCAGGGCAACACCCCGGCGUCCCUGGAAGCGGGGAGCCGGGGUGGUGCUGGGCAACCUGCGCAGAGCCGGGAGUCCUCGCCCUGAGCCUCCAGCAGCCGGGGACAGGCCCCCCUCCAUUCCAGCCUGCAUUCCCAGUGGCCGUUCUGAAACUAUCUGGAAGAACCCUUUCUUGGCUCCCAGGUCUGAUGAUCAAGGCCCAGUUCUCAGAUGGCCUGAAUGCCGCUGCCUCACCAGCACUGUCUCCAGCUGUGCUGCUGCUUGCUUGGUGGUUGUAGGGGCAGGAAGGGCACAGAGCAGGAUCUCUAUGAUCCAAGCAGGCAUUCAAGCUCAGGCCAGUCAUGGCUGGAAGACCCAUCCGCAUAGGAGACCAGCUGGUGCUGGAGGAAGAUUAUGAUGAGACCUACAUUCCCAGCGAGCAAGAAAUUCUUGAAUUUGCCAGAGAGAUUGGCAUUGAUCCCAUCAAGGAACCCGAACUGAUGUGGCUGGCGCGAGAGGGCAUUGUGGCCCCACUGCCUGUGGAGUGGAAGCCAUGCCAGGACAUCACAGGGGACAUUUACUAUUUCAACUUUGCCAACGGGCAGUCCAUGUGGGACCAUCCGUGUGAUGAGCACUAUCGGAACUUAGUGAUCCAAGAGCGAGGGAAGCUGUCAACUUCCGGGGCCAUUAAGAAGAAAGACAGGAAAAAGAAAAAGGAAAAGAAAGACAAGAAGGACAGAGAGACCUCCAAAAGUCCCCUGGAUACACAGCCUGAGCAGGGACUUCCGCCUGCCUCCUCCAUUCUCCGUGGCCCAUCCCCUCUCUCAGCACCUGGGCUUGCUGAUCUGGACCUAGACCAAGAACUGCAGGCUAGAAGUGAGGGCUCGUUUAAGAAAGGGAAGAACCCAGGCGUGCUGGGAGACACUCCCUGGCCCCUCAUGGGCACCCUGCCCAGCAAGCUGCAGCCACUCUCCAAAGGCCAAGCUCCCCGAAACCACCAGAUCUUUGCCGACGUGGAGAAAAUUUUAGGCAGGGCCCCCGUCCAAUGCAUGGCAGAAUUAGGUGAUCAGCAGGGUCUGGAGAAACCCCAGAAGCUGACAGAGAAAAUCUACCUGGGAUUUUCAGACCCUGAAAUAGAAGAGCUGGACAUGAGAACGAGACAGCAGAAACCUGGCGCUCUGGGCUCUGAGACCAUUGGGCCUUUCCAGAAUGGGCAGGAUGUAUUAGAAAGCAGAAGUGAGGCCUCUAUCCAUUCAAGGCUUUCUGAAACCAGCAAGGGCCUGCAGCUGAAAGGGGAGCAACACAGCCAGAGCAUGGCCAAACUGAGUUCCACUGGCCCCGGGGGAGACAAGGGCCAGAGCCCCAUUCCCUUGCCAUCCCCGGAGGAGGAGCAUUCCCUGUCUCCUUGUUCCUCUGAUCAGCUGCAGUCUAUCAGGAAGAGCAAGCUGUUCUUGGUAGAGAGCAGCACAGCUGAAGACCUGAGCUGCCAGGGUGUUCCUGGGGAAGGUGGGAGUGUGGGCAGGGGAAGAAAGAGGCGAGAACCCCCAAUAUUAUGGAUGGGGCAGGUCUCUAAGCUUGUCAACAAGGACACUCCUGGGAGCUGCAAAGAACCAGAGCCUUGUGACCCUGAGACUCCAGGGGCCUCAGCUAAUGAUCUACUUCAGCGACUCUUUCUAAUGCCCCCUGAUACCCUGGCUUCAGAACCAGCUCAGAACUCCCUUUCAGAGAGUGCCCCUAGGACAUCUCCUAGUGAGAAGAGACAACCUCCAGGGUCUUCAGAGCCCUCUGCAGAAGACAGGAAGCACAGUGUAUGUGGGCCUGACUUGGAGAGCAGCAGUAGUAACAUGGCCUCCCACCUAGGCUCUCAGAUUGUGGGGGAGAUGAACAACUUCCCCUGGGACCUGCAGACCUCUCAGGGGUCUAAGCAAGGACUAGGUCCUUUGGGCCCCAGAGAUCAACAUUGCUUCCCCUUCCUAGUUUCCCAGCUGUCCCACAUGCAGAGCUCUGCUGAGGAGCAGUCAGACAGUGAAGACUACUCUGAGGAUCAGAGGUUCUACCAGCACAUCCUGCAGAUGGCCGAUAUCUCCAGGCGGCUGGAGGACCUGGGGCUGCCUGAGAGCAUGCAGGAAAUACCGUGCAAAGACAUCACCAGCAUGAUCUGUUGCAUGGCAGCUGAGCCUUCCAGGAUGUCUAGUGAGGGUGAGCACGAGCCCAUCAGAGCCAUGGAGAGGGAGUCAAGCUUUCUGACGUGGGGGCCAGAGCUGUUGGAGCAUCCUCAGGGAGUGGCCCCAGCCCCUGCUGAGAAGGAGGCCUCUCAGCAAACUGGUGGCCGGCCAAACAUCAGCCCCCUCAGGCAAGGGCCAGUCGAACUGAAUUCCAACAGAGAGCCUGCUGCUGAGCCAGGCAGGAUACAGCUUCUCAACCAGGCCCUGGGCUCCUCCUCAGCCCUAGUCCACGUUCCUCUCGGGGGCCUGGCCCCUCUGCGAGGCCUGGUGGAUGGCCCGCCUGCUGCUCUUCGUGGGUCUCAGAGCGUGAGCCUGGGCAGUUCCGUGGAGUCCCGUCAGCUUGGAGAGCUCCCACUGCCUUCACAGGGUCUCAAGACUUCAGCUUAUCCAAAGGGUCUCUUGGGCUCUGUCCAUGAGGACAAGAAUGCUCUCAGUCUCUUGGCUUUGGGGGAGGAGACCAACGAGGAUGAUGAGGUGGAGAGCGACAAUCAGAGUGUGCGCAGCUCAAGUGAGCUCCUUAAGAACCUGCACCUGGACAUUGGGGCACUCGGGGGUGACUUUGAGUAUGAGGAGUCUCCACGAGCCAACCAGCCAGAGGGGAAGGAGGACGGUUCUCUGGACUCUGAAGCUGCCAGUCCCCCGACUCCCGGCAAGCUCUUCAGCCAAGGUGCAGACAGCAGCCUGAGUAGUGCCCAUGGCAAAGGGCGAGAGGAAAGAGGGCCGAGCUCUUGGCUCCCAGAGAAAGCAAAGAAUGAGAAGAGUGAUCCUGGGAGUUCUAGAAGCCUGGUGAUCCCUGGUGUGGACCCUGUGGGCGAACAGCCUGCCAAGGCCAAUACAAAAGAGGCACCAGAGGAGCAAGUGGAGGUCAGGGAAGAGGAUCUCAGGAAAGAAGAGGCAGCAAUGGAGCCAAAGAAGGAGGCUUCUGCCCCGAAAGAGAGCAGAUCCGACAUCAGUGAAGAGUCAGAGAUUAGUGACCACGUGAAAGACCUACAGCUCUCAGACGCUGCUGCCUUUGACCCCAAGUCCUUCUUUGACCUGGACUUCGGUUUCCGUAGCCGGGUCUCGGAGGACCUGGUGGAUGUCACCGUGCUUUCUACGGUUCUGGAUGGAGCCUGUCAAGCGGCCCAGAGAUUGGGAAGAGAAGACAAGGAUGACAGCCAGUCCAGUCGAAACGAGCGGCAGAGCCAGCAGUCCAAAGGCUUGGAGAGGUUAUCGCCUCCGCCUCUGCAUGGCGAGCGACUCCGGAGUCCCCUUCACAGCCAGACCUCCAAAGAAGGGUCACUGCAGCCCCCUGAAGACCAGGCUGAGCAGAAGGGAGCAGAGGAGCCUGGGGAGGACUCUGGAGGCAGCCCCAUCUCACCCGUGAUCCUGCGGAGGGAGGAGAGCCCAGGCCCACCUGCUGCCCGUGAGAGGGGCGUGGAGCAGCCCUCCCAGGCUGAGGAGCCGGGCCCUGGGCAGGAAGAGGCAGAGGAACCUGAGGAGAAGCCAGAGGUAGAGAAGAGGGCUCACCACACCACACAGGCCCACAAUGGGAAGGACCAGAGCUGGUCAGGAGGCAGAAGCAGCAGCAAGAGAGAGCAUGGUCCAGAGCCAUUGUUGGGAUUUUUAUGGGAAGGAGUGGGUGAAGCAGGGAGACUUUCAGAGCCUGCAGCUCCCCCAACACAGCUCUCAGAGACCUCCCUGCAGACCACAGAAGCAGCAGCAGCUCAAGAACUUGAGCAAGACCAGAGGUGGCUCCUGGAGUCGAAGCAGGAGAAUAUGCAGCGACUGCGGGAGAGGCUGUGGCAGGAGGAGGAGGAGGAGGAGGAAGAGGAGGAGGAGAUAGAGAUACCCCAGUUUCACCAGCAGAAAAAGUCUUUCAGUUCCCUGAAGGAGCAGCUGCAAAAAGGCGCUGAGACAGAGGAGACACGGAUGAGAGAGAAAGAAAGCCAGAGGAUCUCCUGGCUCCGGGCCCAGGUCCAGUCCAGCACAGAAGCUGGUGAAGGCCCAGUCAGGGCCGAGCAAGAGGCUUCUCUGCAGAGACUGAGAAAAGAGCUGGAAUUUCUACAGAAGGCUGAGGGGGUCAGCUUGGAACAGACAAACUGGCAAAUGCUAGAGCAUCUCAGGGAAGAUGUGGAGGCCUCGGAGAAGAACGAGCAGACUGCCCUGAGUGCUGACAAGGAGAAGGCUUUGCAGCAGCUGAGAGAGCAGCUGGACGGGGAGAGGAAGGAAGCAGUGGCAGCGCUGAAGAGAGAGCACCAAGCUGAGCUGGAGCGGCUCUCUUCCUCCUUGGAAGCCAAGCACAGAGAGGUGGUCUCUGGCCUCCAGAAGAAGAUAGAGGACGUGCAACAGAAAGAGGAGGCCAAGCUGCAGGUGAACCUUGGAUGGGCGGAGCAGAGAGCUCAUCAGAAAGUUCACCAAAUGAUGGAGUACGAGCGAGAGCUCAGUGGCCUCCUGAGAGAGAAGCGCCAGGAGGUAGAAAGGGAGCACGAGAGGAAGAUGGACAGGAUGAAGGCGGAGCACCAGCAGGUGGUGACUGACACCAGGGAGCAGUAUGAAGCCGAGGAGAGGAAGCAGCGAGCUGAACUCCUGGGGCAUCUGACUGGAGAGCUGGAGCGCCUACGCAGGGCCCAUGAGAGGGAACUGGAGACCCUGAGGCAGGAUCAGGACAGACAGCUGGAAGACUUGCGGCGGCGGCACCGGGAGCAGGAAAGGAAAUUCCAAGAUUUAGAAAUGGACCUUGAAACCAGAACCAAAGAUGUCAAGGCCAAAUUAUGUCAGCUGGACAUCCAGGAGGAGACUGCCUGGAAGCAGCAGCAGCUCCUCCGCGCGCAGAGGCGGGCUGUGCUGGAGAGUGAGGAAGCCACCACCACCCAGCAGCAUCUGGAGGAAGCAAAGAAGGAGCACAAUCACCUGCUCGAGUCAAACCGGCAGCUCCGAAAAAUUCUUGAAGAGCUUCAGGCCCGCAAGUUUGAGUUGGAAACCCAGGUGGAUCUGCUGGAGACCCAGAGUCAGAGGCUGCAAAAGCACAUCAGCAACCUGGAGGCUGCAGCUAAGAGGAAUCAGGACACCUUGAAGGAGCUGGCAGUCGAGGAGAGUAAUGCAGCCUCACAUUUUGAGCCAGGUCUCCGCAUUGAGGACCUGAGGAAAUCCCUUGGGACGAACCAGACGAAAGAGGUAUCCUGCCCUCUUUCCCAGAGCAAGGAGGAGUUCAACUUGUCCAUGGACGGUGCUCCUACCCUCGCUUGUCCUCCCAGUGUUCGAGACUUCUCUGCUGAUGGGAUGGUGCUCCGUAAUGCCAAGGAUUUCCUGAUGCGGCAGACCCCCUCCAUACGGAGGCGGCAGACAGCUCUGAAGGUUGCCCAGCAGCAGUGGCGCCAUGAGGGGGACAGCAAUGCAGCAGGUGCCAAGGCCCUGGAAGACAUGUGCAAGGACCUGGAGGAGGCCAGGCACCUGCAUGAGAUGAAGUCAGCCAUGCAGAAAGGCCAGGACCUGCUGAAGAAGAAAGAGGAGAAAAUCAGUCAGCUGGAGUCCUCUCUCCAGGAAGAGGCUUCAGAUGAGGACACGCUGAGAGGAACCCCCACCAAGAAGGUGACCUUUGACCUCAGCAACCUGGAUGACUCAGAUAGUGAAAGUUCUGAGUCCUUCCCGCUGCCUCAGGUCACAUCAACCCCGAGUUUCUCCUGCCCCAACAACAUCCACUACUUGAGUAGCUCCUUGCAGCGGAUCAGCAGCCAGCUCAACGGUGUCCUCAGCAUGCUGGGCAGCAUCACCCCUCAGCCGCCGCUCUUCAGCACCACACCUGUGCAGGUCCCUCACCAGUCCUCCAGGAGCACGCCCAUUCCCACCUACACACCCCCAUCCCCUGCUGCAUCCAUGUCCACCCAGUGGGCCUGGGACCCAGGGCUGGGCCCCAGGCUCCCUUCCUCUGCCGUGGCUCAAACAGUGGAUGACUACCUGGCGGAGAAGUGGCACAAGUACUUUCCAACUGGAGUGCCAUUCCUCAGCAGCGGCCUUUCGCCCCUGGAGAACAAGCUGGGUUAUGUGUCUGCCAGUGAACAGCUCCACCUCUUGCAGCGCCCUCAAGUUCCUGAGAUAGGCAGCACUGACUUCCAGAGCAUGAUGGAGGCAAAUCGGAAGUGGCUAGAGCAGUACAAGAACGGCCCCAAGUCACAUCUCUCCUCGGUGCCCAUGGCCACUUCUGGCCUGCUGCAGCUGGGCCUGGAUCAGCACAACAGGCUGAAGGUGUAUCGCUAUUGAGGCGCUGCGCUGGGCGUACCUGGACCAAGUGCCUGAAGAGCUGAUAAAGCACUCCCCUGUGCCCUCUGCCCUGCUCAGAACUUGGAGGAACCUUGGUGGGGGCGGGUGGAAGGAUGGUACAACGCAGUGCCCACAUGAUGGACCUGUGACCCUCUGCGAGCCCCUGCCUGGAUGCCCAACACUGGUGCGGGGCCUGUAGAACAAAGGGUGCAAUCAGGAGUUGCCUUCAAAAGCCAAGGGACUGUUGGGACCCACGGGGCACUGCUUGGGGCUCCCACAAAGAUUCUGUGUCUGGUCCUUAAAGCCCCCUAGCCUGUCUGUACCCUGGGGCCAGGCUCUGCUCUCCAAUACCUCAGCCUCCCGGGGAUCAGAUCUUUUUUCCUUAUUUUUAUGUGCCCUUCUCGGGCACUCCCGUCUCCGUUCAGCUCUCUCAGGAUUGGGCUCAGCUGCCUGGAGGUUGCUGGGCCACCUGUCUACCUGCUUCUGGCCAGGCUGUCCUCAGGAGCCCUUCCUUCCUGCGGUUCCUCCCCAGAGCCACCCCGGCUAGAUUCUCAGGUCUCAAGCAUACAAUUUUCCCAGAAGUCAACAACCACAGGAAAAGAGUGGGAUGGCUCUGGCCCCAGAGAGAAACCAUGGCUGUACUCCUGGGCCUGUGCCAGCAUUGUUGGCUGUGAGGGAUCUUGUGCCACAGCCCCCUGCAGCGCCCCUUCCCCUUGGCAGGCUCCUCAGGGCAUCACAGCGGAUGUUCUGACAUCUGUCUCAUUGUUGAAUAAAAUGCUUCCAUUUUUCUGGAAAGCUGGCGGUUGCCCUUGCCUCCCUAAACUCUCCUCCUCCAUUUCUUUGUUACAGAAUAAGAAAUGAAGACCCAGUUAGCUCUUUCACACCUGCCCAACCCAAAACUUUUUAUGCAUUAGCCUGCCACCAUGUAGAAAGUCCAUUUUGUUAUCUGGCUGGUUCUAUGUGCUUUGGGAUUAGCUUGUGUGUUCCCACCAACUCUGGUGACAAGCCUGUGUUUUCUUCAUCAGUUAAACCUCUACGGGUCCAUUUUCUACAAGGUGGCUGUGUGAAUGUGUGUCCUCUUUGAAGACCUUUACCGCCUCCCUCUUAAGAAUAGAGCAAGCCUUACCUGGCAGGGAGCGCCCGUGAUCACACAGCUGAUUUUCCCAGGGUGAGGCUUAUCCAUUAUACCCGAUGUGCUGGCUCUAGUGAUUUCCCCCAAAGGCGGGAAACAGACUACAUAUUUUGUGGUAGUGGGGAACUGUCUUCAUUUGCACUUGAAAAUGGGAAAAACAGAGGAAGAAAAAAAUUAUUUAUGGGACACCUAGGUGUCUAGUCAUUACAGGAAAUCUAGCUCCAUUUCUAUGGAUGACAAAACCAAGACUUAGAGACCAUGAAGUGCCUGGAGAAAGGAGCUGAGCCUCCUGCAAGGGCAAAGCCCUCACAUCCCCUCUCUGUAUCUCCAGAGCUUCCUGUCCCCCUCUGACAGCUCUAGGAAGUGCUGACUUUGUCUCUCCCUUUGCCCCCUCCCAACUCUGCUGCCUACCAGCUGUCUCCCCUCUCCCGCCUGCAGACAAAUGAAAGCUAAGCCCCAGAAGUCCUAAGCUGGCAAAGUUUGGUGGAUAUUUUUUUUCUGCUCCAGUGGUGUGAGCAGCCUACAAACAGUUCUGGAUUUGUAGCAACAAGAUUGCUCAAGAAACAACUGAGAUGGCCUGUUUCAUGGAUUUGCAUAAAAAAAAAAUGGAGACAAAAUGUACACACUAACAC